UUGGUCAGUCAUGGCUCAGCUGAUGCUGCUUCUACUGCUGCUGCUGCUCUCAGGAUGCUCCGCCGCUCUCCCAGAACCUGUGUCGGGUAACAGUGAGGAAUCUAACUUGAUAGCAAAUAUGAUCUUCAGUCAAAUUGCCUUACAAGAGGAACAUAAAGGCUUGGAUGAAGGUAUUACGAGUGUUAAGAAUGUACUAAUUAAGAUGCUGAACUUGACUGAAGUUGUCUCCACCAGGCUGCUGGCUCUUGAUGAUACGUGUACACAAGGUAUCGAGAAGAGCAAUGUCACCCGUCACCUUCUGGACAAACUGGACUUGGUGGAUGGUGCCAGAGACGCCCUCGAAGUAGAUAACCAGCAACUUAAGGAAGACAGGGAUCUACUGGGAGAAGAAAAUUCUCAGUUGAAGAACAACAACUCUCUCCUGGCGGAGGAAAACACUCACAUAAGGAAAGACAACAAUAAUUUAAGGAACAAUAACACAGCCCUAGUAGAGGAAAACACUCACAUAAGAGAGGACAACAGGAACUUAAAGAACAAUAACACAUUACUGGAGGAGGAAAUUACUUACAUGAAGGAAGAAAACGAUUGCAUGAGGACCAACAACACUCUUCUUACAGAGGACAACGCUCGGAUAAGAGAAGAAAGCAAUAACUUGAAGACAGCGAUCCACCUGUCGGAAGAGGAAAACAGGAAAACGAAGAAUAACGUGCGCCUAGCAGAAGAAGAAAUUAGCCAGCUGAAAGAAGAAAUUCGCCAAAUGAAGGAGGAUGUAAGACUGACGAAGGAGAGGAACAGAGAGCUGGAACACACAGAGACAGAGCUAAAGAAAGAGAAACUGAUAUGUAACGAAAUGAACAACAAUACACAUGAAUCAAAGAAGCUCAUUGAAGAGCAACUCGGACACUCAGAAGACCAGGUCAGAACGCUGAGAGAAAGAAACACAGCCCUUCAAGAAGAGAAAGACAGAAACGAGCAGCUAAUAACGAGCAUUAAGGAAGAAAUUAAGCAAAUUAAUAACCGGAAUGUUUUGACAGAAGGAAACUACGAGGAAUGCAAAAAGAAUAUCACCCACCUUUCCACAAGGUUAACGACUGCCAAGAACUGUGCGGAUUUGUACUGCAGGGGAGCACGAUUGAACGGAGUCUACCUCAUCAAACCUGUCAGGGACGCAGGAAAGGUGUCUGUCUGGUGCGACAUGACAACUGAUGGAGGUGGCUGGACGGUGUUCUUAAACAGAGACAAGGCAGAAAAACCCUGGCAAAAUUUCACUAAGGAUUGGUCAGACUACAAGGCCGGUUUUGGUAACGUCUCAGCAGAGUAUUGGUUAGGGUUGGAGACGUUGCACCAGCUGACACUGAACUCGCUCCAGGCACUGCGACUUUCCGUUACUAACCUGGAAGAUGAACAUCGCUGGGCACACUAUUCCACCUUCAACGUCGCUGACGAGAGUACACAGUACCAGAUGCGAGUAGAAGGUUACCAAGAGGCCAGUACCAUGGGCGACCCCAUGGUAAGCCACCAUAACUUAAAUGGAAGCAAGUUCUCCACUCGAGACAGAGACAAUGAUAAUCGAAAUGGGGCUUGCACCGAAUAUCUCUCAGUUGGAGGCGGGUGGUGGUACAAGAACUGCGCUUACAUAGCGCCCACUGGUUCCCACGAAAAAUACAAGUUGACUAAUUACUGGACAAAAAACGUCGAAACCUGGAUCAAUGUCCAGCGCUUACGAAUGAUGAUGCGACCGCAGAACUUCCCAACUUGUGAUGACUGAUUGCUAGUCAAAAAUAAUAUGGUGGAGACUAGCUGCUGUUGGGGAUUAGAUUGUGGUGAGAUAGUGAUGAGUUGCUGUAAUGAGAUGGUGGUUGUGGUAGCAUUGGUAAGCUGAUUCUUGUGAUCAGAUGGUGGUGGGGUGACGAUAAGCUGAUGGUGAGAUUCCUGUGCUGGCUAUUAUGGUUGUUAUGCUAGGGUGUCGUCUAGUUAGGGUGUGAUCUAGUUAGGGUGUGAUCUAGUUAGGGUGUGAUCUAGUUAGGAUGUAAUCUAGUUAGGUUGUGAUCGUGAUCUAGUUAGGGUGUGAUCUAGUUAGGGUGUG